AUGAUGGCUUCAAUGUCGACCGGCGGGCCCGGGGACCCGCACACACAGAUGAAUACCUAUCGAAGCUAUGUGACUAUGCUAGCAGACCCCGGUGCUAAAGACGAGAUCAAAUUAAAAGCUGCGCAGGAGCUUAGUGAAAAUUUUGAGGUUAUUUUGAGUUCUCCCCAGUAUCCACAGUUUCUGGAUCAUUCUUUAAAAAUUUUCCUAAAAAUAUUGCAAGAAGGAGAACCACAUUUUAUAGCCGAGUACAAUAUACAGCAAGUAAGAAAACUAAUACUGGAGAUGAUACAUAGGCUUCCGAUCAGUGAGACUUUGAGGCCAUAUGUCAAAAGCAUACUUAUACUUAUGCUUAAAUUGAUGGAAAUAGAAAAUGAAGAAAAUGUUCUUGUAUGCUUAAAAAUUUUCAUGGAACUACAUAAGCAAUAUAGACCUGCUUACACCACGGAUGUUGAUAUUCACAAGUUUCUGCAGUGGGUGAAAGGAAUAUACUCAGAUUUGCCGAACCAUUUGCCUAAAAUAUUUGAACCAAAACCAACAAUCAGAGUUAAAGACUUAUCUGAGGUCAAUAUAGACCAACUUUUACAAGAAACCUAUACUACAACCCCUAUACAUACUGAAAAGAAAUUGUUGGAUGGAAGUGUGGUCACUUAUAAUCUCAUACCAAGAUCAGUAUUAUCUCUGAAAGUAAUACAAGAACUGCCAAUUAUAGUUGUUCUGAUGUAUCAAUUAUAUAAACAAAAUGUUCAUCAAGAGGUUAGCAACUUUAUACCCUUGAUUAUGGAAACUAUAACAUUGCAACCAGCAACUACUCACAGGCAGUCAUCGUCAUUCAAUAAGGAAGUAUUUGUGGACUUUAUGGGAGCACAAAUCAAAACAUUGGCCUUUUUAGCAUACAUUAUAAGGAUAUAUCAAGAUACUAUUGCAAAUCAUGCUAAUUUAAUGGUUAAGGGAAUAAUUGGACUUCUGACAUUAUGUCCACCUGAAGUUGCACAUCUGAGAAAAGAAUUAGUAAUUGCCACCCGCCAUAUUUUAGCUACAGAUUUAAGGCUAAAAUUUGUUCCAUAUAUGGAACGUCUUUUUGAUGAGGAAGUAUUACUUGGUGGAGGUUGGACAGUACAUGAAUCUUUGCGGCCUCUUGCUUAUUCAACUUUGGCUGACUUAGUGCAUCAUGUUCGUCAACAUCUACCUUUAACGGAUCUCGCCAUUGCAGCGCAUUUAUUUUCUAAAAAUGUUCAUGAUGAAUCUUUGCCCACCAGUAUCCAGACUAUGUCAUGUAAACUGUUACUGAACUUGGUUGACUGCAUCCGCCAACGCUCUGACAGUGAAGCCGGUGCACCCCAGGGAAGACACUUGCUAAUGCGUAUACUUGAAGUGUUUGUACUAAAGUUCAAAACAAUUUCUAAACUACAGUUGCCUGCAUUAAUGGCUAAAUGCAAACAAAAUACACCUACAACACCGAAUGGGACAAAUGGUACACCUAAUCCGAGUACGCCUACAACCCCGGCUCCUAGUACAUCGUCCGCGGAAGUGAAAGUCGAGGAAGAGAAACCUACACCAGACUUCUUAGAUAGCAUAAACAAGACUGAAGAAAAGUCUAAGAUCGGAUUUCCAACAUCACAAAUGACCAACCUAAAUGUCGGAGAUUACAGAACUCUCGUUAAGACACUGGUCUGCGGUGUUAAAACUAUCACAUGGGGCUGUGCUUCGUGUAAAACAACAACCAACACGGAGGGUACAGCAACAACGACUAUAACUGGUCAGAAGCAGUUCAGUGCGCGGGAGACGUUGGUAUUCAUCAGGCUGGUGCGAUGGGGCUUGCAGUCGCUGGACAUCUACACGCUGGCGGCGCCUCGAGCACCCGCACAGCCGCCCGCACAACCACACGUACGCUCCAAAGAAGAGAAGGAAGUUCUGGAACACUUCAGUGGGGUUUUCUCCAUGAUGAACCCGCAAACGUUUCAAGAAAUUUUCACGGCGACGAUAUCUCAUAUGGUUGAAAGAAUUAAUAAAAACCCUACUUUGCAAAUUAUUGCAAACACAUUUUUAUCCAAUCCGGCAACAUCUCCAAUAUUCGCUACGGUGCUUGUAGAAUAUCUGUUAAAGAGAAUGGAAGAAAUGGGUACUAAUAUAGAGAGAUCGAAUUUAUAUCUGAGACUUUUUAAGCUUGUUUUUGGUUCGGUGAGCUUGUUUCCGACUGAAAAUGAACAAAUGCUCCGCCCUCAUUUACACAGCAUAGUUAACAAAGCCAUGGACUAUGCGAUGACAGCGAAAGAACCUUACAAUUAUUUCUUGCUUUUAAGAGCAUUAUUCCGUUCCAUCGGUGGUGGUAGUCAUGACUUGCUGUAUCAAGAAUUCUUGCCAUUGUUACCUAAUUUGCUGGAAGGUUUGAACCGUCUACAGAGUGGUCUUCAUAAACAACAUAUGAAAGAUCUUUUUGUUGAGUUGUGCUUGACUGUGCCUGUGAGACUUAGCAGUCUUUUGCCUUAUUUGCCAAUGUUGAUGGAUCCUUUGGUAUCUGCUCUAAAUGGAUCUCACACCUUAAUUUCACAAGGUUUGCGAACCUUGGAAUUAUGUGUGGAUAACUUACAACCUGACUUUUUGUAUGAGCAUAUCCAACCCGUUAGAGCAGAUCUAAUGCAAGCGCUUUGGAGGACGCUGCAGAAUAAUGAAGUUGCGCGAAUAGCAUUCAGAGUACUAGGAAAGUUUGGAGGAGGGAAUAGAAAAAUGAUGAUUGAACCACAGAGGCUAGAGUACCGCGAAACCGACGCCCCUCCGCCUGCCGUCCAAGCAUAUUUCCAAGAUCAACCAAAACCCAUAGACUUCGAGGUAGAUAAAGUUAUAGAGACCGCAUUUUCCGCGCUCAAGUCUAGCACAACAGAUCCUUUUUACCGCCGUCAAUGUUGGGAGGUCCUUCGUUGCUAUUUGGCUGCUUCCUUAAAUCUUGACGACGACAAGGCAACUCUUCAAAAACUGUUCAAUCACCCUAGUUUCCUGGAAGGAAAGAUACCAGCACAAAACGGACCUUACUAUAAAUGUAGCAACAGUAUUGUUCGUAACACUCAUCGUACUGCUCUUACGGGAAUGUUUGUUGCCGCAGCUAUUAAGGAAUUACGACAUCAUGUUCUCCCUACGAUGGUGUCUCUUGUUCGUCAUUACACACUAGUCGCUAUCGCCCAAGAAGCAGGACCUUUUGCUGGUUCAGGCGGACCUAAAGAAGGCCUCGAUGCAUUAGUUUUAGUAGACGCUAUUGCGGUAGUAAUGGGCCAUGAAGAGAAGGAACUAUGUAAGCCAGGUCAUUUGGCUUUAGUGCUAAUGAUCGAAACAGCUGCUACAGUUUUGGGAAGCAAAGAGCGCGCUUGUCGAUUGCCAUUAAUGGAAUACUUAGCAGAGCGUAUGUCUGCGCUAUGUUAUGAAAGAGCAUGGUAUGAGAAGCUAGGCGGAUGUAUUGCUGUUAAAUUCAUGUUUGAGAAAAUGGCUCCGGAAUGGGUAUACAAGCACGUGUUCACCUUUUUGAAGGCAGUAUUAUUCGUUAUGAUGGAUCUCACCGGUGAAGUAUCUUCGGGUGCCAUCGAUAUGGCCACUGUUAACCUGGAGCGUUUGGUCCGUGUUUGUGUGACCGGCCCGGGCGGGCAAGGCGUUGAACCGGAAGGGGAAGUAGCAGCAGCUAAAGCACGCGCUCUACACGAUGUCUUACAGGAACUUGUCUUACAAGUCACGAGUCCACAUCUUCUUGUUAGGCAACAGGCGAUGAAAUCUUUGGAGUUAAUUGCGGAAUUGCAAAAUAAAACGGUCACUGAAGUAAUGGAUCCACACAGAGAGGUGUUGGCAGACAUUAUACCACCUAAAAAACAUUUACUUCGUCAUCAACCAGCUAAUGCUCAAAUGGGACUUAUGGACGGGACCACAUUCUGUACGACACUUAAACCGAGACUUUUCACUAUAGAUUUGAAUAUUAACGAACACAAAGUAUUCUUUCGUGAACUAUUAUCUCUGUGUGAGGCUGAGGACGCUAUGUUAGGCAAGCUGCCAUGCUAUAAAGGCGUCAACCUUGUGCCUCUACGGGCCUCCGCUUUACGAGCACUUGCCGCCUGCCAUUAUAUACAGGAGAAGCAUUGCCGGGAAAAGAUAUUCCAGGUGCUCUAUAAGAGUCUAGAGAAAAACGACCAGGAAUUACAACAGGCGGGAUUCGAGUGUAUGCAGAAAUUUCUAUCAGGCUUCCAAAUUGAUAUGGAGAUGGUGCAUCCUGUGAUGCGACCCUUGCUACUUACUUUGGGCGACCAUCGGAACCUUAGUGUCAACGGAGCUAAACGAUUAUCUUUUCUGACCCAACUCUUCCCCUCUACCUUUAGUGAGAAGCUAUGCGAGCAAUUACUGCAGUUAUUGAAAAAACUCCUUGAUUACUCAAUCCAAACAAACAGAGGGGGCAAUUUCUUACAAAGUGUAUCAAAGAAUAUGGAAAAUGAACAGAAAAUUAUAAUACUGAUUGGCAUUUUCCACCAAAUCCCCGCUGCUUCACCACGAUUCAUCGACGUGCUGUGUCGUCUUAUCUUCCACACGGAGAAGUCGCUUAUGAUAGAAGCCGGUUCUCCCUUUAGAGAGCCACUUGUAAAAUUUUUGCUGCGGUAUCCCAAAGAGACUUUGGACUUUAUAAUGAGUGACAACAACAUUAAAGACCAGCAAUGGAGUCGUUUCCUAGUGUUUUUAGUGAAGCAUUCAGAAGCGGGUCCCGCGUUCAGGGAAGCUCUGCAUACUACGAAAAAGGCUAGACUAAUGCAAUUAUUAGCAGCUAACAGCGGCACGGCAGCUAUACCACAAGCUGAUAAAGCUGAAAUGCAGUUCCAAGCUGUUAGAGUUAUAUCACUUCUGAUAAAGUAUGACGAUCAAUGGCUGUCAACACAACACGAUCUCAUUGAGCUUUUAAAAAGAAUUUGGUGCAGCGAUCAGUAUCAUGAAGUACAUAAGAAAGUUGAAAAUGUCGACUGCACCCACUGGAAGGAACCAAAACUUAUUGUUAAAAUAUUAUUACACUACUUUUGUCAUCAUCCGUCCAAUAUUGAUCUAUUGUUCCAAUUGUUGCGAGCUUUGUGUGAUAGAUUUAUACCGGAUUUCCAAUUCCUACGAGAUUUCUUAGAGAACACAGUGGCACAGAAUUACACGGUGGAAUGGAAGCGAUCAGCGUUCUUCCGUUUUGUGGAACAUUUCGCUAGCGACGCCAUGUCGCAGGAGUUGAAGGCUAAGGUUCUACAAAUGAUUCUAAUACCGUGCUUCGCUGUUAGCUUCGACAAAGGCCAGAAGAUUGUAGGCGGCCCACCAGCGCCCUAUCAGGACAAUCCAGAUAAUGUCGUCUCGGUAUUCAUUAAUAAUGUAAUCGACCCCGAGAAUCCGUUCGCGUGUUCGGACGCAGUUCGUAUUUCGCUUCUUCAGUUCGCUUGUCUUCUGCUGGAGCAGGCGUCCCCCCACAUACACGACGCCAACAAUAAGAAGCAAGGCAACAAGCUGAGGAGACUCAUGACCUUCGCCUGGCCGUGUCUACUGGCCAAGAACUACGUGGAUCCCGCUACCAGAUAUCACGGCCACCUGUUGUUAAGUCACAUUAUUGCUAAAUUCGCGAUACACAAAAGGAUUGUUUUGCAAGUUUUUCAUAGUCUCCUCAAAGCGCACGCGGUUGAAGCGCGGGCGGUGGUCCGCGCUGCUCUGGAGAUCCUCACUCCAGCCAUGCCUCAACGGAUGGAGGACGGCAACACGAUGCUCACACACUGGACCAAGAAGAUCAUAGUAGAAGACGGACAUUCAGUGCAACAGCUGUUCCACAUUCUGCAACUCGUUGUGCGCCAUUAUAAGGUGUAUUACCCAGUGAGGCAUGCUCUGGUAGGUCACAUGGUAGCGGCCAUGCAGCGGUUGGGAUUCUCAGCGACCGCCUCGCUCGAGCACCGCCGUCUCGCUGUAGAUCUGGCCGAGGUUGCUCUGAAGUGGGACCUUCAACGUAUAAGGGAUCACGCACCGCCAGACCACGUGGUCGCGACGUCCCCUAGUGGGGCCAUGAAGCGCGUCUCGUCUGAUGAGAGCGGUAACGAGGCCCGCAAAGCUCUGAACACAGGCUGGGCCAGUCCACAGGCGAGCGUGGCGCGGCUCGAGCCCGACGCAGCGAAACCGCUCGACAGACAACACGUUGAUGUAGUCGUCAAUUUGCUGCUGAGGCUCGCUUGUCAGGUGAACGAAGGUGGAGUGACUGGUGCCAGUGCGGCGGGUGCAGCGGGCGCGGGUGGCGCGGGAGGCUCUCCAGGCGAGCAGCUCUCACGACGCUGCGUACUACUGCUGCGAGCUGCGCUUAAACCGGACGUGUGGCCACACCUCUGCGAACCCAAACUAGCCUGGCUGGAUAAAGUAUUUUCAACGGCGGACACGAAUGCAGCUGCUUGUGCUAACGCGUGCACGGCUCUUGAACUGUUAGUGUUCCUCCUGGGUGUGCUCCGUCGAGAGCAGAUCCUCGCCGCACUGAAACCUCUACAACGCGGCCUGGCGGCGUGCGUCGCCUCUACUAAUACGAAGAUAGUGCGCCUCACACACAAUCUACUCGCUAAACUCACUGCGCUGUUCCCAACUGAACCUUCUGGGGCCGCUCAAGCGUCAAAGUAUGAAGAGUUAGAAACGUUAUACGCCAGUGUGAGCAAAUACGCGUUUGAAGGUCUGGCCGCGUAUGAGAAGUCUGCCGGCGCUACUGGUGCGACCGCAAGUGGAGCUGCGAGUGGGGCAGCCGCUUUGUUAGGACCUCUCAUGAUGUUGAAGGCCUGCUGUGCGUCUAGUCCGGGAUACGUGGACCGAUUGCUGUUACCUCUCAUGAGAGUUCUACAGAGAAUGGCUAGAGACCACGUCGCUCCUAAUCCUGAUGCAGCAACGUCAGAUCUACUCAUAUUGGCACUUGAUCUACUCAAAGCUAGGGUGUCUGUAAUGCCGGUUGAAACGAGGAAAACCUUUAUCGGUACAAUACUAGUUGGUCUCAUUGAAAAAACUAAUGAUGCUAAGGUAAUGAAAGCCAUUACCCGUAUGGUUGAAGAAUGGGUGAAAUGGAAGGGCACGGGAGCUGGCGCUGCUCCGUCGUUGAGAGAAAAGUCUAUACUGCUAGUGAAGCUCAUGCAAUACGUCGAGAAGCGCUUUCCCGACGACCUAGAAUUGAACGCACAUUUUCUGGAUCUCAUUAACUAUGUUUAUCGGGAUGAGCACCUAAAAAUGACAGAAUUGUCGAUGAAGUUAGAACCGGCAUUCUUGGCCGGGCUUCGAUGCCCACAACCACAUAUACGGGCUAAGUUCUUUGAAGUGUAUGACGGUAGCGUACGGAAAAGGGUGUUCGACCGUCUGCUUUACAUUAUAUGUUCUCAAAACUGGGAACACAUUGGACAACAUUUUUGGAUUAAACAGUGCCUUGAGUUACUACUUGUUACAUGUGUUUCUAGCACACAAAUAAGAUUGUCCAAUUCAAAAUAUCUGCUGCCAAACAUAACCGCCGUGAUCAACUGGGCGGAUAGUGAAGAACGAAAAUCAUUCGUAAUAUUCAGUAGCGUGAAAGAGGAAUCAGUAGAUGGAUUCAGUGAUUCACUCGAUCCUGACAAGGAAGACGUGUUGGAUAUGGAUUUAGACUCGAGUUCUAAUACAAAAGAUGAUUUGACCAAAAACGUUCCGAACAGGCAACGCGCCCUGAAUCAGAUAGUUGGGAAGCAGUGUGAGUUCGUUGAGUUGGCUCGUCGUGUGAGGACGGAGCAGCUCGUGACCGCGGCGGCUCAGCUCGCUCAUAUGGACGACUCACUGGCUCAUCAUACAUGGCUCACAUUGUUUCCGGCGCUGUGGGCGGCCUUAGACGACAGGCAGCUUGCGACAAUCAUGAAUGAAAUAGUACCAUUUAUAAUAUCGGGAGUACAUGUUAUUCAAAGAGACCAACCAUUGAGCGCGCUCAACACAUUCAUUGAAGCACUCGCGAGAUGCAAUCCUCCAAUCUCAAUAAAGCCACCGAUGAUGAAAUAUCUCGGAAAGACACACAAUCUGUGGCACAGAAUGACAUUGAAUUUGGAACAGAUGGCCAUUGAUCAAGCUAGUGGUCGCGCGAAUCGCGAAGCGUUGGACAUUUUUGAUUAUGACGUUGAAAGUACAACACCCACCGAAGUUCUAGACUCUUUGAGUGACAUGUACGAACUAUUACAAGAAGAGGACAUGUGGUCUGGUUUGUGGCAAAAACACGCGCGGUACAGAGAGACGAAUGUAGCUAUAGCCUAUGAACAGCAGGGCUUCUUCGAGCAGGCGCAGGCCGCGUACGACGUCGCUAUGGCUAAACUAAAACAAGAAUAUUCAGCAAAUCCGUCGUCUUAUAAUAUGCACAAGGAAUGUACUCUAUGGACUCAACAUUGGAUCAAAUGUGCCAAAGAGCUUAACCAGUGGGACUCGUUGCUGGAACUCGGUUUGACCAGAAACGUUCGUGAUCCAUUCCUAAUUUUGGAGAGUUCAUGGAGAAAUCCAAAUUGGCCGACAAUGAAGGACGCUCUCGCAGAAGUCGAGUAUAAUUGUCCAAAGGAAUUAGCGUGGCUGGUGAACCUGUACCGCGGCUACCUGUGUAUCUGCGCGGGCGGCGAGCAGCAGCUGAGCGGCGUGGAGCGGCACGCGGAGGCGGCGGCGGCGCAGUGUCUGCGGGAGUGGCGCCGUCUGCCGCGGCUCGUUGCGCACGCGCACCUGCCGCUGCUGAGGGCCGCGCAGCAGCUCAUGGAGCUCAGCGAGGCCGCGCAGAUACAUACAGGUCUCCUCCACAGUCGGCCAACGUCGCUACACGACAUGAAGGCCAUAGUGAAGACGUGGCGCAACCGCCUGCCCGUAGUGGCUGACCCGCUGUCUCACUGGGGCGCCAUCUUUACUUGGCGACAACAUCAUUACCAGUUCAUCGCCUCCCACUACGACUCACAGACAGACCACGCCUCAAACCAUAGUAUGCUAGGAGUACAUGCCAGCGCUCAGGCGAUUAUCCAUUUCGCUAAAAUAGCAAGGAAGCACAAUUUAUCUGGCGUCUGCCUUGAUUCAUUACACCGUAUAUACACAAUCCCGAGCGUUCCAAUAGUGGAUUGCUUCCAGAAAAUAAGACAACAAGUGAAAUGUCACAUUCAAAUGUCCUGGACGGAGGGCAAAGACGAGUUACAGGAAGGAUUGGAUAUGAUAGAGUCUACAAACUUUAAAUACUUCACCAAGGAAAUGACGGCUGAGUUUUACGCAUUUAAAGGACUGUUACUAGCCCAGUUAGGCCGUUCAGAGGAUGCUAACAAAGCUUUCGCAGCGGCGGUACAGUUGCAUGACACUCUAGUAAAAGCUUGGGCUCUGUGGGGAGAUUAUUUGGAACAGAUUUUCAUCAGAGAUCCGAGGCAGACACAAGUAGGCGUCUCUGCUAUGACAUGCUUCUUACAUGCUUGUAGACAUCAGAAUGAAUCAAAAUCAAGGAAAUAUUGUGCGAAGGUAUUAUGGAUGUUAAGUUUUGACGAUGAAAAGAACAGUCUAGCGGAGGCACUGGAUAAGUAUUCAGUGGGUGUGCCGCCUGUGCAGUGGCUGCCAUGGAUACCACAAUUGUUAGCUUGUCUUGUACAAUAUGACGGGAAUGUUAUAUUGAACUUGUUGAGUCAUGUGGGACGGCUCUAUCCUCAAGCAGUGUACUUCCCCAUACGCACUCUGUACUUAACUCUGAAGAUCGAGCAACGUGAAAGACAUAAGAGCGCCGAAAACCUCGCCGCUAACCAACCGGCCACCACUACAGCGAACACGGGUGUAAAGACGGAAGGCGCGUCAACAUCAUCAGGGUCGAGCAGCGAGGCGGGGCCUAUUAAGGCGACGCUGCCGAUGUGGCGCUGCUCCAAGAUCAUGCAGCUUCAGAGGGAAAUACAUCCCACCGUACUGUCCUCACUAGAAGGCAUCGUUGACCAGAUGGUGUGGUUCCGUGAGAACUGGUACGAGGAGGUGCUCCGCCAGCUUCGUGCCGGUUUGGCCAAAUGCCACGUGGUGGCAUUCCAUCACCGCGCCGCCGUGGCCGUGGCCACCGUCACACCGCACACGCUCAAUUUCAUUAAGAAGGUGGUCUCUACCUUCGGCAUAGGGAUCGGCAUCACCGCCUCGGAGAGUCUGGCGCGGCGGGCGCAGGCCACGGUCCAGGACCCCGUGUUCCACAGGAUGAAGACCCAGUUCACGGCGGACUUCGACUUCACGCAACCCAACGCCAUGAAGCUGCAGAACCUCAUACAGAAGUUGCGCAAGUGGGUCAAGAUACUAGAGGCCAAGACGAAGGUGUUGCCCAAAUCGUUCCUGAUAGAAGAGAAGUGCAGAUUCCUGUCCAACUUUAGUCUUAAAACGGCAGAAGUGGAGCUGCCAGGGGAAUUCUUACUGCCGAAACAUACUCACUACCACGUCAGAAUCGCAAGAUUUAUGCCAAGAGUGGAAAUAGUACAGAAACAUAACACAUCCGCUCGGAGAUUGUAUAUACGUGGUCACAACGGAAAAAUAUAUCCUUACUUGGUCGUCAACGACUCUGGCUUGGGAGACGCUAGGAGAGAGGAGCGUGUGCUCCAGUUGUUGAGGAUGCUCAAUCAUUAUCUCGGCAAACAGAAGGAAACGUCCAGAAGAUUCCUUCACUUCACGGUACCCCGCGUCGUGUCCGUGUCGCCGCAGAUGCGACUCGUAGAGGACAAUCCUAGUUCGAUAUCACUGCUUGAUAUAUAUCGAACUGAAUGUGCCAACAGGGGCGUAGAGUAUGACGCGCCGGUGGCUCGGUACUAUGAACGUCUGGCGGCCGUGCAGGCGCGAGGGUCGCAGGCGUCACAUCAGGUGCUGCGGGAUAUACUGCGAGAGGUUCAAGCUACGAUGGUUCCCCGCGGGCUGGUCCGUGAGUGGGCGGCCCGCACGUUUUCGUCGCCCACUGAUUACUGGACCUUCCGUAAGAUGGUGACACUGCAGCUGUCUUUAGCGGCGUGCGCCGAGUACGUGCUGCACUUAACGCGCCUCAACCCUGACAUGUUGUAUGUGCAUCACGACUCCGGUCUACUCAAUGUGGCGUACUUCAAGUUCGACGUUGAUGAUACAACAGGCGAGUUGGAUGGUAACCGACCUGUUCCGUUCCGUUUGACUCCGAACAUCUCUGAACUAGUAACUCACAUCGGCAUCACGGGUCCUUUGACAGCCUCCGUCAUAGCUGUAGCCCGUUGUCUGGUCACACCAAAUUUCAAGAUACAAUCGAUCCUGCGCACCAUACUUCGAGACGAAAUGGUCACCGGUUACAGGAAGCGGCUGGAAGAUAAAUCCGGUUUGCCAACAGCUGGGACAUCCGCUGAGAAUAAACCUAUGGAGAUAGACAACGAAACUAUAAUAAAUAUGGUCACUAAAGCCGUUACCGUUAUUAUGAAUAGACUGAAUUCGCUGGCAUUAUUCGACGGACCGGACAGUAAGGUGGCCACGCUAGUGACUGCAGCCAAUAGUCACGACAAUCUAUGUAGGAUGGACCCCGCCUGGCAUCCAUGGCUGUAA